AGUGUGUGUGUGUGUGUGCGUGCAGGGAGAUAUCGCUGAAAAACGGAACAGGAAGUGAAGAUACUAGAGCCUCCUCGUACACAACUUCUCUGCUCUACCGCUGUGCAGCGAGUUCCUCUCCCGUCCCCAGCUGAAGGUCCCCAUCAUGGGAAAAGUGAAGGGCAAGCCUGGGCCCUUGGCCCGGAGGCCAGACAACUCGGCCUUCAAACAGCAGAGGCUACCUGCCUGGUCUCCCAUGCUGACUGCGAACACUGUGCUGCCUUUCUUCUACUUUAUGGCUUUGAUAUGUAUGCUGCUGGGAGUGUGGCUGCUUCUCACAGUUCAGAGAACACGGGAAAUAAAGAUGGAUUACACCGAAGCUGGGGAUUGCUCCGGAUGUUUUGAAAAGCUUAAGAAUGAGAGCAACGCAGGACAGAGCUGCAUCUGCAAAGUGGUCCUCAACAUCGAGAAACCCUUGAAGGGAGACGUCUUUAUAUAUUACGGCCUCAAGAACUUCCACCAGAACCUCCGCAGAUACAUGGACUCCAGAGACGAUGGACAGAUGGUCGGUAGGAAGACCAACUUAAAGAACCCCAGCUCUUACUGCAUGCCGUUCGACAGGAAGAACGGACUCCCCAUCGCCCCCUGUGGUGCUGUGGCCAACAGCAUGUUCAACGACUCCUUCACUCUGUACUAUAAUAAAUUGGGAAGCCCAAUGAAGGUUCCAUUGUUGCGGAGAGGCAUCUCAUGGUACACGGACAAAAAUGUCAAGUACCGCAACCCCAAGAUGGACAACUUGACCCUGGCUCAAGUGUUUGAAGGCACAGCUAAGCCUCUGUUCUGGCAGAAACCCGUGUACGAGCUCGAUCCGUUUGAUCCAACCAACAACGGCUUCAUUAACGACGACCUGAUCGUGUGGAUGAGGGAAGCAGCGUUCCCCAACUUCAAGAAGCUCUAUGGAGUUUUACACCGAGGCGACGACCCCUUCACUAAGGGGCUCCCAGCGGGGACUUACACCAUCGAGAUAUCCUACAACUUCCCUGUGCAGCAUUUCCAAGGCAGGAAGGAACUGGUGCUGACCACGCUGACCUGGUUCGGAGGUCAGAACCAUUUCCUGCCCAUCGCUUACCUUGUGACCAGCAGUCUGAUCCUCCUGGUCGCCAUCGUCCUCACGGUGGUGUGGUGGAAGUUUGGAAAGACCGGGAAGAACAUGGAAGAGUGAAGGGAGAAGCGGCAAAAACGUUCAAGCCGCUUAAGAUCGAUAAUUGCUGUUUUUAAAAUACCAGAACGGAAAAAUGGUUCUAAAAAGGUUAAGUUGUUGAUUUGAAUUGAAGAACUUUUUUUAUUUUAACACACCACACAUCAUGCACUGUUAAUAUUUAUAAGAGAAUUACAUUAAUUUUAAUUAAUACAUGUGUGAUGUAUAUUAAGUGAGACACCAGCCGACACAACCUUGUCACUCCUAAUUGUAGUUUUUAAUAUAAUUAAUGAGAUUAAUCUGUGCUUUUGUCUUAUGGCAAGAAGGUCCCCGGGUUCAGAUCCAGGAACGGCCGGGCUCUUUUUGUGUGGAGUGUGUGUGUGUGAAUGGGAAUGGUGGUUUGUCUCUAUAUGUUCCAGUUUACCCUCCGCUACCCUCAAAUAUAGAAAACGGAUGGAUGGAUAAAAUGUUCGGCUCGUGCUGUUUCUACGUCAAGGUUUACAUGAGAUCUAGAUGAUGUUAUUCAGCCUGAGACAAAAAAGCCACUAUCUUGUUAGCAGCUCUCUGGGGGGAGAGCGUGACCUAGGGGGAUAGAGUGGGUGUUCUGCAACAAGAAGGUUGCCGGUUCGAAUCCCACCCUUUCCCAUCUGCAUGUCUAAGUGUCCUUGGCAAGAUACUGAACCCCUAAAAUGGCCCCUCAUGAAUGCUGAGUGUUCUAAAAAUGUAAGUCGCUUUGGACAAAAGCGUCAGCUAAAUGACAUGUCACGUUAGCAGCUCUCUCAGGGUUCAGGGCAGCUUUGAGGUAAAGGCUUCAAGUAAACAUGCAACAUGCUGUUUUGCAGGUAUGUUUAUUAUGUGCGCCAGCUCAGUGUUUGUCUGGCGACACAAAAUACAACUUGAAAAUGUCAUUAACUUAACAGAUAUUUAGCUGUGAUCGAAGAAAAUGACUGAUGAUUCUAUUAUGUUUUUCCAUAACGUUUUUUAUGAUUGAGGGAAAAAAACUGCAUUUGUAAUUGUGAACUCUGCAUGUCUGAGAUGAACAGACAUGAAUCAUGUGCAAGUUGACUGCACUGAAAAAGGACAACUUCAUAAAAGGAAAAAAAUAAAGUUUCUUCAAAUCCAAGCUAUAGUUUGUCAACACAACUUUUUGAUUGUAAUUUGAACAAACCCAAUAACUUUGUGUUAGCAAUCUGCAUAUAUUCGGUUGGUUCAACAACUUUUUGUCAGUGUGUACUGAUUUUGACUGUCUUGACGACAGCUGAAGACUGAAAUAAAACAUCACAUGACGUAAUAACUCUU